ACCGCCUGUAACCAAGGCACUGACGCUCCUCUCCGUUACCAGGGCGCUCUCACGGCAAACAGUAGCAUCGCAGCUAAGCUAACAAGCUAACAGGACAGAUAAUCUUACAGCCAUGAUAUAACACCAGCUUCUUCACCAGGGGAACAACUUUACGUUUUAACUCCCAGUUCAUCUAAACCAUCGCUCCCAGUUCAUCGACUUCAGAUUCAGCUCCAGUUCGAGGUUGUCGCUUUAGUUUAGAGGCUGAAACUCGCGUUUUUUUCUCUUCCAGGACCAGUGAGCUAACCGAGCUAACCGAGUUAAGCUAGCUGCACAGCCACCAUGGCUGAAUUCGGAUUCAACGAGCAGCAUCAGAGCGAAGUCAUCAAUUACAUGCGAUUUGCUCGUUCCAAGAGGGUCCUGAGGCUCAAGACUAUUGAUUCAUGCUUCGAGGAACUCAAGGACAGCAGGCUGGUGGAGGAAACCUUCACGGUGGAUGAGGUGAGGGAGAUGCUGGACGGGCUGCAGGUGGUGGUGCGCGGGGAGGUGGAGAUGGAGCUCAUCAACACGGCCCACACCAACGUGCUGCUGCUCAGGCAGCUCUUCUCCCAGGCCGAGAAGUUUUACCUCCGGCUGCAGAGCGACAUCUCAGAGCUGGAGAACAGAGAGCUGUUAGAACAAGUGGCUGAAUUUGAGAAGACCGACUUUAAAACCACUGAUAAGAUAAACCAGGAAACAAACAAACCCAAGUUAGCGCCGCUGAAUGAAGGUGGAGUGUCGGAGCUUCUCAACAAGGAGAUAGCGAGACUACAGGAGGAAAACAAUAAACUGAAAACCAGGCUGCGGACUUUAGAAUCCCAGGCCAUGAGUGCACUGGAUGAGAGAAGCAGGGCCGAGCGAGCUCUGAAGGACCUCCAGAAGGUGCAAGGUGAACAGCAGUUUGCUGCUAAAUCCCAGGAGAUCAACUGUCUAGAGGACACAGUGGCGGCUCUGAAAGAGGACUACGAAAAGUCUCUCAACGCCAACGCUGUCUCCCACAAGGAUCUGCAGGAGAACCUGAUCUCGGCCAAACAUGAGCUGCUUCGAGUGCAGGAGCAGCUGACCCUGGCCGAGAAGGAGUUGGACAGGAAGUUCCAGCAAACUGCAGCCUACCGCAACAUGAAGGAAAUCCUGACAAAGAAAAACGAGCAGAUCAAAGAUAUUAGAAAACGACUGCAGAGAUACGAGCCUAACGAAUGAGUUGAAUCCAGGAGAGCUGGUUUAUACAGAGAGAGGAAGGACCAGGACGUUUAGUGACUGUGGUUUGGCCCAGAAACCAUCAGUUCCUAUACUGUAAGACAAGAAACACAGAUAAAAGUGUCCCCUUGCUUUGUGUGGCGUCUUCAGUAGAGUUGGUAGCCGGGAAGUCGACAGUAGGCCGAGCUGAAUUCACAAAUUAAAUAGUCAGAAAUAAUAGCUUUCUCCAGCUGUGCUCAUUUAGCCGCGUCUCAGUGUCAGAGUUCACUCACAGUAGCUAGCAGACUUCCCUCUGUGCUCUAUGCAAUAACCAUCAUGUCCGUGUUUGAAGAGGCCUUGUCCAUUUUCUGAAGCUUCGCACUCGUAUCUACCAUCAGACGGAUGUGGGUCACGUUUAUCUUUUAGAUUUUUAGUCGCCAUUUUGUAGUCAAAAAUCCAAAUCUGUUUAUCGAGAGUUUCGAGCAAACCCCGAGAUAUAGUUUGUUUAUUACUAGUGAGCAGUUUUUCAAAUGCUUCCUUAUCCGUUCAUUUUAUUUCACCUAACAUUUAAUAGCAUUUUACAAAAACUAUUUUCAGUGACCGGACAUUCUGUGAAUGUCUGAUCACUGAAAAUACAAACAAAUGGUUGUUUUUUGCAUAAAUCUUUUUUGUUUUGCACAUUGAAUGAUACGGAUAGCGAUAGACAGAUUUCACUACAUCCCCUUGAACAUAGGACAUAGAUUAUUUUGUGUGUGUAUUUUUCGUUUUGCUGUGAGUGACCGAGUGCAAGUGGAAACAAAUAAAUAAAUCUAUACAUGAUGUUCAUGAAGUAAUGCUCUUGCAAAGUAUGAUACAUCUUCCCUAUAUUACUCUAGAUGUGCAUUUGUUUGUAUUGUGCAAAGUAUUGGGUAAUAAAAAGCUGUUACCAAAUA